UGUUUAUUUUUAUAAAUAACCAUUAAUACUAUUAAUGGUUCUUGGUCUUGCUUCAGGUAUGAAUGAGUUACUUAGAGUUUUAUAGAUUAAAUGAAUAUGCAUCAUAUUGUAAGAUUAACAUUUAUAUUUCAAACAAUUAAUGAAAAAGAAUCAUAAUCGAUGCAAAUUUAUAAAUUCAGGUGUGUGAUAUGAAAUUAUGACUGCAAUCAUGCAUUGUACCUCUUACUAGUAUUUGACUGUAUAAUGCGACUUUCUUUCUUUUUAUGUGUUCUUAAAUAUAUAAGCAGCAGACGGGAAAAUUAUUAAGAAAAUGCUGUUUUUACUAUAUGAAAAACUGCUUCUAUUUAUAGAAAGAUGAAGGAUUCCUAAACUUGCCAGAAAAGAUAGAAGAUCGCUUCAUUCGGAACUGAACGUGUAUAAUGUACGUUACCAUAGAUGACGACCUGCAGACGUAUACAAUAACCGUUACCAUAGAGAACCACUUACAGACGCCAAAUACAAAGUCACACGUUUGAUGCAAGAAAUAUCUACAUAUUUUUUUAUCAGAUUUAGUCGACCUUGAAAAUGCGUCAUUGUUGGACGAGAUUGUUAGGCUGUUGGAUAAUGGCCGAGAUGCCGAGGUGAUAAUGCUGAUUGGGCAGAGUGGGGCUGGUAAAAGUACGAUGUUCAAUACCGUCCACAGGGUGUUAACUGGAGAAAAUUUCACCUAUGCAAGACAAGGAGCCGGUCAUGCGCAGUCUGUUACCCUUGACAUUGAAAGAUACAACAACUGUGGUGUUGACCUUAAAACUGUUCGAGAUGAUUCAAGGAGAGAGAAGAUUGCUGCAGUUGUACACAAACUGCCACAUAUAGUUGAUUGUCCUGGCAUGGGUGAUGAUGACUCACCAGAGUUACGUGAACUAUUAGAACUUCUUGUAGGAGGUUUUAUACCAAAAGAAACACAGAUUCCGACGUUGCAGUCCAAACAGGAACAAUUCGGUGUGGGAUUUCUGAAGAAAGAAUAUCGAACGUCGAAUCCUGCUGACAGGGUUACAAAGGUUGUAUUUGUACAAAGCUGUAGAAACGUCAUACCAAGAAACUUGAUAAAUUGUUUGAACGAAGUCCUCAAAAUAACAGACCCUACAACCUUGAAAAGAAAAUAUACCGCAGAAGUGUUUCUUGUGAUAUCAAAGUUCGAUUUAGUUCUUGACCCGUGUGUUUAUAACUCAACCGGAAGUGACGAAGACAGUAUGACACUUGAAGACUUCGCCAAGAAGGAAAGCGAACUGGCUCCCGAGUUUAAUAUUGUUGGAGCAUUGGAAGAUAACCGCUUUCGUUGGGCAAAUUAUACGGACAAGAUUCAAGGCAGAAAUAAACACAUAGAGAAUAUUGCUCUCAAAUUCCUGAAACGAAUGGUUCAACCUGGAACCCCACAGACAGACCCGACAGACAGACUGGAACCUGUCGUCGAUACAUGGAAGACUUUUCAACUGUACAUGUUUAGAUUAACGAACCAGAUCAAGCAGCUCUUCUUACAAGAUAUGCAGUUAAAUAUAACACCGGCUUGGUUUGUUACAGCUGUUUUGUGUGUAUUGGUUAUUGCAGUACUGUACAAACUACUGAUGUCCAGUGUUUAAAGUGGAUAAGUCAAGAAAACUACGGCUAACUCCGGAUCACUAGUCAUCUGAAAACUGUGUUUACCCGUGCGUAGGACCAAACAUACUCCGGUGAGGUGUUUAAAGUAGACACACGCUACCACCGAGGCACAAUACCUAUCUAUAGACUUCAGGAUUUACAAAAGGAAUAUAUUAAAGGAACCUUCUACGAAAGCGAACUUCAAAAAAUAAACGUUGACCCUAAUCAAACUUGGAAAUUACAAAAAGGAUUAAAACCCCGUGGCAAAGGGAGAAACAAACACUAUUUUGUAAAAACAGCUGGAUAAAUGCUAGUGAUUUAAACUG